AUGGUCAUUACUGAUGAACAACAACACUUAAAUGUGAAAUUCAACAAGAAAGGGGAGACUGGUUUCUUCUGGGAGAGCUUUAUUUACGCUAAGAACAAGGAGAACCUAAGAGUUCCUCUUUGGGAUAGUUUGAGAUUUCAUCAAAAGCUGAAACUCCUGACCACCGCUCUUAGUAAUUGCUCCAGAGCUCAUAUUGGCAAUGUUUAUGACAAUGUUAAGGAGUGGAAAGGGAAGAUGCAGACUUUUGAAGUUGAGUAUAUAGACAACAUCGGGGAGGAUGCUAGAGAAGACAUGCACCAUGCCCAAGCUAAUUACACCAAAUGGCUUAGAUGUGAACAAUCUAUUCUCAGACAAAAAGCCAAUGUCAGAUGGUUAGAUGAGGGAGAUUCCAAUAGCAAAUAUUUUCAUGCUCCCAUCAAUGAUAAGAGGAAAAGACUCACUUUGCAUAAAAUCAGAGACCAAUAUGGGCAAUGGAUCACUAGCUAUAGACAAAUUUCUAAAGCAGUUGUGCAACACUUUGAAAACAUCUUUAAAUCGGAUGAGCCAACUCAGAUUCAAGGAUUAGAGUGUAUUGAUCGGUUGAUUACUGAAGAGGAUAAUGACAUGUUGACUGCAAUUCCUAACGAGGAAGAGAUUAAAAAUGUUGUUUUUGCCAUGGAUCCUAAUAGUUGUCCCGGACCUGAUGGUUAUGGUGGAGUUUUCUACCAAUCUUGCUGGACUAUCAUUAAAAAGGACUUGAUUGAUUUUGUCCAAAGCUACUUCAAUGGGGCAGCACUUACAAAAUUUUACACUAGUAAUCUUUUUACUUAUUCCCAAAAUUGA